AACUUUCUGAUAUUUUUUAAAGAUCAACCAACUCGACGUUUCAGUCUCCGCCCAACCUGCGGUUAAAUUGAUUGAAUCUCUUGUUUUCGAAAUCAAGUACAUCAUACAAAAUGAAGCACCUCGCAGCAUACCUCCUCCUCGCCCUCGGUGGCAACGAGUCCCCUUCCGCCGCUGACGUCUCCGCCGUCCUCUCUUCCGUUGGAAUUGAGGCCGACUCUGACCGUCUCGACGCCCUCAUCGCCGAGCUCAAGGGCAAGGACAUCAACACCCUGAUCUCUGAGGGUGCUGCCAAGCUCGCCUCCGUCCCAUCUGGUGGCGGUGGUGGUGCUGCCGCCGCUGGUGGCGCCGCCGCUGGCGGUGCUGCUGAGGCCGCCCCCGUUGAGGAGAAGGAGGAGGAGAAGGAGGAGUCCGAUGACGAUAUGGGCUUCGGUCUCUUCGAUUAAGCGCACAAUAUCACUGCCUUGCCGUAAUGGGAAGAGUGUAGCGCUGGGGUUAUGGGGCAAGCUGUGCGAUCUCCUCUUGAGCUGGGAAUAUACUUGGAACAAGGGCUUGGAGAUUGAUCUUCAUGUCACUCGAUAACUUCUGUUUACACGAUAUCCAUCAAUACAAUGAGACGUGUUUCCUCCAUACAGAGCCGUUGCUAAAUACUGCGUUUGUUGCUGAUACAUAUGUGUGACAUUUGACAUGAUUGUGAAGAGCGGCAAAUGCAUUAUUAACCCACCAAAUUGGAUAAUCAAUCUUACCGGAAAC